UUAGAAAUUAGUAACAUGAAACUGAGUUCAAGUGAAUCAUGCAACAACCACUUAACAAUUAUACGAAGUUAUGAACACUCAACUCGUAGAAUGAGCAAGAUAAUCAACACCAAUGCAUAUAACAAAUAUAAACACUCAUUAAACAUCAACAAAUCAACAUAUUGCUUUUGUUUUGUUGAGAAAAGAUAACUUGUUUUACCAAGAAAUAAUGAGAUUCCAAAGAAAGGGGCGUUUAAAUCACCAUUUGGACUACCUUAUUGUUUUGCCUGCCAACAAAACAAAUUGUACCAUUCCUCCCGUCUCAGGCACGAGCAACUAUUGAACCUCUUGCAGUAUUGCGCGCGCACACACACACACCCUUCCCCGAUUAUCCCGAGCUUCAAAUUAGUUUGCUUUCUGAAUGACGGCCUGAGCAUCACCUCAAAGCACACUCAGUUAAUCCCCACCCCUCGACAGUCGACACCAAUGUAUGGCGUCCCUCAAAGCCAAAAAAUUUACCAGCAUUAGGCAGUGACUGCCGCAUACCCUGCCCCUCACGCCCGCAACACAACCCAAUCCGCUCCUCGCAAAACUAGAUCGACCGCGGAGGGUGAUCCACUCUGCACUGCACCAUCAAAUGAGCAAAUCCAUGUUACAUCUUAUACCGCUUCCUCCCCUCCCCCUCCCCCUCCCUGCACCCGACUUCCUCCUGCAUCAACAGUUGGGCCAUCUACCCAUUCUUUAAUUUGCGGCUCAAAUUAGCACUUUAGAUAAGAAAUCUGAUACUAAAUCAGUAUAUUACUUCAAAAUGAAUUUGAAGAACAUAAUUUUACAGAUAAAUUACUUAACUAGUUUUCGAUUUAUCGAGACCACCUCGGAUUUUUUUAGUGAAAUACUUCGAGGUGGAACAAAUAGCAAAUUGAAAAGAGAGAAUCCUAAACCUAAAACCGUCCCUACCAUCCAUACCAAGCUAGCACAUGCCCCAUUGGCCGACUGGUGCCGCUUAUGGCCCUCCCCUUCGCCUCCUGCCCUGCGCCCCCACACGCUUUCCCAGCCGGCCAGCCCUUCAACUCUAUUAUAUGUGAAAUCAAAAUCAGAUCCUGCAAAAAAAACCAGUUCAUCUCCUCCCAACGCUCCCAUAUACUAAUCCAACAAAUACAAUAGUAUCAUAAGCAACCAUUCCUCCACUUUAGAAACAGUCCAAAAGAAGCAACAGUGGCCAUAAUUAAUUCAUGUUAGUAGCUAAUCCAAUCUAUUUCUUCCCCCGUGUAGUGUUCUAGGGGAAUGGGCUCAUGUGCCUGCACAUUAAGGAACAAACCCUCCUCUUAUUUAGCAUAAUCUUGUCCUCCUGUUCCUUAAUCUACCCCUCUUCUUUUGUUCUUUUUCGAGUCUCCCAAAGUUCUGGUCUUGCCUACAGUUCAUAGGGUGAUGUUACUUGCCUGAUUUCAGGUGAAGCUUCCAACCUCUCCAUGGAUUCUCCCUCCAUUUUUUAAAUGCUGGUUGUCUCCUCUUUGGCCAAUCCCCAGCUCCUUGCUUGCUCCACUUUCUCUGUGCAUAUAUAUAAAGACCCUGUCUUGAACAGUUGAACACCAAAAGCACUUGACAAACAGUUAAAAGACUCGAAACAGCAGUUUCUUCUCAGUACCUUUGUCUUUCUUCUGUUGGGUUGAUUCUUUUUUCAUAAGAUGCAUAGUGGGUUUCGUUCUUCUGAUUGGAAGAAGAGCCCUUUGAUGGAAUACUUGGAGGAAGAAGAAGAUCAGGAUCAGCCAAAAGCUCCAUUGAUGCCUCAUGCUGCAAUCCCUCAGCCACAAACCCCAAGCGAGCCCAUGGAGUUCCUAUCCAGAUCGUGGAGCCUCUCUGCUUCGGAGAUCUCGAAAGCUAUUGCCCAGAAGCAGAAGAUGUUCCCCAAUGCUCCCAUGAUCUCACUCCCUGCUGAAACAACCCUCACUGUCACUCCACCACUCACAGGUAAGGUGCUAAAUUCAACACACUCCAAGAGAACGGGAACGAUUGGGAAAUGGUUCCAAUACCAUAGCAGGGAGACGAGUACCGGCGGUGGAGGCAGCAGCAGCAGCGCGGCGGUGAGAAAGAAAGACAGGGCGAGAGUGGAGAACGCGAGGAUGCACUCUGCGGUAUCGGUGGCCGGGCUGGCGGCAGGGUUGGCCGCCGUGGCUGCAGCUGGAAAUUCCGGUGGCGGCGGCGGCUCGAAGAUGAGUGUGGCUUUAGCUUCUGCGACGGAGCUAAUGGCCUCGUACUGCAUAGAGCUAGCUGAGUCUGCCGGAGCUGAUCACGAGCGAGUCGGCUCGGUGGUGAGAUCGGCCGUCGAUAUUCGGAGUCCUGGCGAUCUUGUUACGCUCACCGCUGCAGCUGCCACAGCUUUAAGAGGAGAAGCGGCCCUGAAAUCGAGAUUGCCAAAGGAAGCAAGAAAAAACGCGGCGAUUAGUCCUUACGAUCGGGCAAUGUCAGAUGUUGAUUCCACGUCAAGCUUGGUUUCGCAGUCGGAAGACCAGCAGCAACUGAGUCCAGCCUGUGAUGGAGAUCUUUUGCAGCACACUAGAAAAGGAGCACUGAGAUGGAAAAAGGUCUCUGUUCACAUCAACAAGAAAUCUCAGGUUGUAAUCAAGAUCAAAAGCAAACACGUCGGUGGAGCUUUCUCCAAGAACCAAAAAGGGAUUGUCUAUGGAGUCUGUGACGAGACGACUGCAUGGCCAUACAGAAAAGAGAGGGAAAGUUCCGAAGAGCUCUACUUUGGAGUCAAAACUGCACAAGGCCUUCUGGAGUUCAAAUGCAAGAGCAAGAUUCAGAAGCAAAAAUGGGUCGAUGGGAUUCAAACCCUGCUACGUCGAGUCAAUAGCAUGGAAGCAACUGAGAGAUCUUUGGAGUUCUUGAACAUAAACGACAGCAUUUAGUCUCAGCUGCCACAGUUUUGUACAUGAGAAACUCAACAACCGAACUUGUACUCUGGUCUGAAGUCAACUCACCAUGUCAAUAAAUGUUGCAGAGAUAUGUGGAAAACAGAAAGGAAGCAAUCUCUUUUGGUAAAAUUUACCUCUAGUUUCUUUGUUCCUCUCUUCCCAACUCAAAUUCUAAAACCAGACAAUUACAACACAAUUUACGGUUAGAGCAUACAUUAGACAUCUCAAGCCAAGUCUUAUUUGUUCUUGGCCCGAGUUCCGGACAAACAAAUGAGAAACGAACAA